AUGGCGCUCGCUUCGGCCGGCCUGCCGCCGCCGAGACUCGGCGUGAAGCGCCGCCUCGACGGCGAGCUCGCGAGCGCGCGCGUCAACGACGACGACGCCAAAGAAGGCGACACCAUUAUGGUGGACGCUGCACAGAUGGCCGCUGCGGCGGCCGCCGGCACCGACCGCGGCACGAAGCGCCUGCUGCACGUCGCGCUCGCGGCGCGCGACGGCUCGCACAUCCCGGACAUCCAGAACAAGACGGCGCUCGUCACCGAGGUGCGCCAAUUGAUCAAGAAGACACCAGGCGGCGAGGCGCAGCAGGCAAGCGCGAUCAGCGUGCCCAUCAUCGGCACGUCGCGCGCCAUCUGCGUCGCCUUCAGCGGCGAGAGCGAGGCACGCGCCUUCCUCGAGCAGUACACCGGCGGUGGCGUCCUACAGCUCCCAGCGCCAGACAACAUCACCAUCACCUUCGCCGCUCUCGACGCCACCGUGUGGGGCAAGCAGGCGGAGGCGCGCGAGACCCAGGCGACCACGGACUCAGACGGCCUCCUCGCCAUACGCACGCGCGGCGCCAUCGACACCGCGGCCCAGAUCGAGCACUUCGCCCCCCUCUUGGAGAAGCACUUCGGCAACAUGGUCUCCAUCCAGGAGGGAUACCACUCCUUCCUGGGCACGAAGUCGGACGAGAAGGACGGCUCGAUCCUCUUCAAGGUGAAGAACGAGAACCUCGUCUGCAACCUCCCGGUCCUGCCCAACGUCUACGCGAGCGGCGAUGUCGGCGGACCCCUCCGCCUCGACGUCGGGUGCGUCAAGGUCCUCGGCAACAAACUCUGCCCCUCCUGCCGCGCAUUUGGGUUGACCAACGCCGACAUCAUCCACGACGCGCAGUGCGCCGCGCAGGCGCUCAAGGAGAGGCGCGCCGCAGCGGCGAACGUCGCCAAGAAGAAGACCUUCGAGAGCCUCAUCGUCGACAACAAGGUCGAGGUCGCGCGCGCGGCGGGCAAGGCCAAGGCGAUGGCGGCGCGCGACGGGAUCGGCUUCUGCCCGGCCUUCAACCAGACCGCCCUCCCGUGCAAGACCGCCGCUCGCUGCCGCUACGCGCCGUGCGUCAACUUCGAGGCGCUCCUCCACUCCGCCUUCAAGGACACUAUCUACGAGCGCAUGCCGAGCGCGGACUGGGCGAGCGUCGCCCGCGGAGCCGCCCGCUCCCCCUACGACGGCGGCCCACUCCUCGAGUCCAACGAGCCCUCGCUAUACGGGGGGAGCGACGAGGAGCUCUAGGAACGGCCGCCGAGCCCUUCCCGCAGCGCAACCCUAGCAGCGCAGCGGGCAGGGCGGCUCGCGCAGCGCGCGCGCGCGAUCGCGCAAGCGGCGCGCGAGAGCGAGCGAGCGAGCACACACACACACACACACACACACACACACACACACACACACACACACACACACACACACAUGUUGUACACAUGCACAGACACACAGCCCCUUCCCCUUCAAGGGCGAGGACACGCGCAGGGGUCGCACUUCUAGCGAGGCCCACAGAGUGGGAGACUCCUAUCACCGCCACUGCCACCCACGUGUCAGUCUGCCUGUGGUAGAAGAGACUGCCGGUGAGAAGUCGGAGGAAGGUCGCUAGUCGAGAGAGAUCGCCAGUGGAUAGGGAGUCCACCGUGCUGCGAGCCUGUCGCUGUCCCUUGUCAGGAGCAGGAGAACUAGGAGAGCGCAACCAGUAGGAGGCCCGCGCUUGCCCCCGUGCCGCCGGGUGCAACCUGUCCUAUACGAGAGAGGAAUCCCUGGGACCCUGUCGUGAGGGUGAACCCUGCCCAGCCCCCCUCCGUGUCGCGAUGCGCUCCCCGCUCCCGUUCCCCUGUGUCCCUGAUAGUCCUUACAAGAUCCUGCUCGUGCAGGUGGGGACCCUGUCCUUCUCCCACCCCUCGUUUGGCGUGUACGUUGUAUUUAUUUAU